UGCACUUGCAUUCGGGAAAUACCAGGCGGGCAAUAGAAAAAGUAAUACUCUGUCGAAAGUACGAUAUUUAUAGCUUUUGUGAGUGUAAGAAUAAUACCGUAUGGAGUAAAACAUCAGUAGUCAAUAGUGCAAUAGCUCCGGAGUCAUUGGGAAGAUAAGACAUUCUCAUUUUAUAAUGUUUUGAGCAAAGAUAAAACCGCUUAUUUUGCUCUCACGCGGGCAUGCGAGCUAACUGACGCUUGCUAACAGUUAACGCUUGAGUUCUCUGUCCUACGGCUUAUUAAUGCGAGUUGUUUACCUUUUAUAGCAAAAUGUCUGGUUUUAACUUUGGCGGUGGGAAUCUGGGCUCCACCAACACGGGUGGAGGAUUCACAUUUGGUGGCGUCACAAGUGCACCUGCGGCCAAUCCCGGUGGCCUUUCGUUUGGGACGCCUCUGGGAACAGCAGCUGCCACCCCUGCUUCUACCGCGAGUAGCGCCCCAUCUCUUACUCUUGGAGGUGUUCUUUUUGCUCAGAAACCCGCGGGAGGUUUCUCUUUCAACACACCUGCCUCAACAUCCGCUGCAGCCGCCACAGGUCUUACAUUAGGCGCCCCUGCCACUACAUCUGCAGCCACUGGCUUUAGUUUGGCCUUCAACAAGCCCACUGCAUCUGCAACUCCUUUUUCGCUCACCACCACCACCUCCUCCACUACUGGGGCGGGUUUAAGUUUUGGCUCCAUCCUGACAUCGACAGCUCCACAGCAGCAUGCAGCCACGGGGUUUACGCUUGGUCUUGGCACGACAACCUCCACGGCAGCCUCAAUGGUGCCGUCCUUAGGUGCUGGUCUCUUCUCCAACACUGGAACCUCAGGUUUGGGUCAGACUCUUGGAGGAGGAACCGGGCUUACUUUGGGGUCACUAUUGGCAUCCUCUACAGCAGCAUCAGCUGCUCCUGCCCCGAGUAUUGGUCUGGGUGGAGUUGAUUUCAGCACUUCCUCUGAGAAUAAGAGUGACACCUCAUCUGGAACAAAUGCACUGGACAGCAAGGCUCUAAAAGAUGAGAACCUGCCACCGUUCAUUUGCCAAGACGUUGAAAAUUUUCAAAAAUUUGUGAAAGAGCAGAAGCAGGUUCAGGAAGACAUAAGCAGGAUGUCAUCAAAGACUAUUUCUAAAGUCCAAGAUGACAUCAAGAGCCUCAAACAGCUUCUGUCUGUCUGCGCCAGCGGUCUGCAGCGCCAAGCUCUGGCUAUUGACAAACUGAAGUUGGAGACAGCACAGGAGCUUAAAAAUGCUGACAUAGCACUGCGGACACAAAAGACACCCCCUGGACUUCAGCAUGAAAACACGGCUCCAUCAGAUUAUUUUCGUAGCCUGGUGGACCAAUUUGAGGUGCAGUUGCAACAGUUCCGGCAGCAGAUAGAGGAGCUGGAGAACCACCUGACCACUCAGAGCAAUGGCUCACACAUCACCCCACAAGAUCUGACUCUGGCCAUGCAGAAGUUAUACCAAACGUUUGUUGCACAAGCUGCUCAGCUUCAGUCUGUCCAUGAAAAUGUUAAGAUCUUGAAACAUCAAUAUCUUUCUUACCGGAGAGCCUUCCUGGAAGACUCCACUGACAUCUUUGAGUCCAAACGAGCCUCCAACAGGAAAUGGCAGAGCACGCCACAAGUCACAACCGGACCUGCCCCAUUCUCCAGUGUACCCAAUGCUGCAGCUGUUGCUAUGGCAGCCACGUUGACCCAGCAACAGCAGCCAACUUCAGGUUUUGGAGGUGGGCCAGGGUUUGGUGGCGUUGGAACUGGAGGGUCUUCUUUUGGAUUCUCCUCCACCAGUAAGCCUGCAGGGGGCAGUCUGAGUGCAGGUUUUGGUAGCACCAGCAGCUCCGGCUUCAACUUCAGCAACCCCGGCAUCAACCAGUCUGCUGGGCUGACUUUUGGCGUUUCGAACCAGCCAGGCAGCGCCUUUGGCACAACCCCAGCUCUCCAGCUGAAGAAGCCCCCCGCUGGGAAUAAAAGGGGGAAAAGAUAGAAACAGAUUAAGAAAAGAAUAAUACAGCAUCUGACCAACUAGUGGCUUGUAGCAAAGAACAGCUUGGCCUCCUUAAAAGCAUAGAAACAGUGAUAAAUUGUUACCUUAAAAAACAAGGAACAUUGGUUUGAGGGAGAAGAUUCUAUCAUGUAACAGACUAUUUUGAGUUAUGUUAUUUCAACUUAUAAAGAACGAAUCCUGUGGACAAUCUGGCAUAAUUUGUCCUGUUUUGUUUAUCAUCAUUCUGUUAUUAUGCCAUAGCUUAUGUGAGCAAAGAGGCAACAAAUCCCAUCAGCACAGUGUCAGAUGGGGAGAUGAAGCUAUGAAGCAUGAUUAUGCCCAUUAGAAUUUCCUCUAACAGUUUGUUUCUCACUCUUGUCUGUGGUGUAACAAUGCUUUGGGAAAGGCUAAGGCAAAAACAGUUGGUUCAACAACAAAUUGCUCAGUUAUUUUGAGAUUUCUUGUUUUGUCUAAUUAUUGUAUAAGAUAAACAUGUUUUGUGCUUUCUAAUGAACUGUAGUGUUCUCUCCAUUGCAUCAAAAACUCUUUUAGAACAGAGCUGCUGUGCAAUUGACUUCCCUCAAGUUGCGUCCAAAGAGGAGUGUUUUUUUUUUUUGUUUUUUGUUUUUUUUAAAAAGAGAGAGAUAAUGGGAAAAGGGAACAGUAUAGUUGGAGUCUACCAGUGUCGGUGAACAUUUGAUCCUAGAGGUUAGGUCCCGGACUGUCCAAUGUGUCUUUAGGAAGAUGCCAUUUUAUUUUUGUAUCAAGUGAAGGAAACUUUGACAUUCAGAAAAAAAAAAAAUUAAGAAUACAAGCAUCUUGUGGAUUUUCCGAUGUCUUGUCCACAAAAUCUGUUUUUGCUGAGAUCCAUUCUAAUUGUUUGAUCAUUUCUCAUAGACAGAAUUUCUCUUUGCGUCUUCACUAAUGUAUUGUAAGACUGUGGGGAAAAAUACUGUGCUUCUUGUCCUCAAUGGGCCUAUGAAAUGUUACGUUUAUUUUGACAGUUUCUCAAGCAUAUUCUGCCUGCUCAGUUUAUACACAUCCUAGAUAAAGUUUGAACUAUCUGGUGUAUGUGAUCUGAUGGUGAUCGUGUGAAUGUGUAAAUCUGCCUGUCACUCAGCUAUCAUGCUUCUGUUGAGCAUUGGGUUAAGAACUACGUCUCUUUUUGUCUGUGUCUCUUUGGUUAUUACCAAAUAAUUGUAGUUGUAUUCUUGUUUUCUAUUCGGUCUGUGGAGAUCUGUAUUUUUGAGAUGCUGUUUAAUAAUAAAAUCUUUUGCCUGUUGAA